AUGAGAUUUUUUUUAUGUUUACUUGCAGCGGCGGCCGUCGCCUUGGCUGCAAGCCCGGGCAGCCCGACGGAACCCCAACGCCAUCUCCGUAAGCCGGUCCCCGACACCACGCGAGAUAAUGGCGGCAGCCCGCGUCCAGGUCAGAGCCGCCAGAGCAAAUACAAUGUGUGCUGCAGAUUCAAUGCCGAAAAGACUAAAUGCGUUUGCAUAGCCCGCGAUAAGUUUGACUGCGAGAGGGGAACCUGCUUAACGUCAGGCUCGGGUUGGACACUGGAGCCGGAGGGAGAUCUUUGA